UUCAGCUGCAGUAGUUCUGUGGAUGUCGAACGAUGGUCUGCGGUUGCGCACUGCUAUAAUUUAAGUUGGUUAUUGUGUUAUUUAUGAAUAACAUAAAUGAAAAAUUGUCGCAGAAGUAACUUUAUUUCGUUUUAUAAAUCCUUUUUAUACAUUUUGACGAAAAAAAACCAAGUUGAGUCCAUUUGUAAGUGCGUAAGAGUAGAAUUUGGAUUGCCGCUCAAGUCAACAAAAAAUAUACAAUAAUAGUGUUCUCAGUUAAUUAAAACAAUGGGGGGACUCCUCCAAGAAGAUUUGGCGACCUUAUCUGACCUGGAUGAAAAAAGUUUGUUGGAAUCACUUACUGGACGAUUCAAGCAGAACCACAUUUAUACUUACAUCGGGGAUAUCCUCGUCGCGAUAAACCCUUUUAAAUAUCUGCCUAUCUAUGAAAAAGAGGUGUCAGAGAGGUAUAAGUGCCAUGAGAAAGCGGCCUUACCGCCCCACAUCUUUGCUGUGGCAGACCGGGCCUACCAGUCCAUGCUGGGACGCUUGGCCACGGGACCCCGAAAUCAGUGCAUCGUCAUCAGUGGAGAGAGUGGUGCUGGGAAGACGGAGAGCACCAAGUUGCUGCUGAGGCAGAUCAUGGAGUUGAGCAGAGCCAACUCCCAGCUGGAGCAGCAGAUCCUGCAGGUGAACCCUCUGUUGGAGGCUUUCGGGAAUGCUCAGACCGUCAUGAACAACAACAGCAGCCGUUUUGGGAAGUACAUCCAGCUACGCUUCCACAACUCCGCUGUGAAGGGAGCGAAGAUCAACGAGUACCUGCUGGAGAAGUCACGCGUGGUUCAGCAGGAUGAGGGCGAGCGAAACUUCCACAUCUUCUACUGCAUGCUGGCGGGGAUCUCUCGCCAAGACAAGGAGAUCUAUGGCCUACUGGACCCCACGCAAUACAGGUAUCUGAAUGGGAGAUACGGAACGGAGGACAUGGUGCACGCUUGGAGCGAAAAGUACGCUGUGGUGUCCAAUGCUAUGGACAUGGUGGGCUUUGAGGAACAGGAAAAGGUGGACAUGAUGACCAUCCUCGCUGGGAUCCUGUCCCUGGGGAAUAUCAUGUUUGAGCCGACGGACGGAGAGAUGGUGAAGGUGACCAACAAGUCGCUGGGUUGGCUGAAAGCCACCGCGGGUCAGUUUGGGGUCCAGGACGAGGAGCUUCUUCGAAGUCUGACCUGCACCAUGUCUAUGACCCGCGGAGAGGCCAUCCGGCGCUUCCACAACCAGCAGCAGGCUGAGGAUGCCAGAGACUCCAUCGCCAAAGUGGCCUACGGCCGUGUCUUCGGCUGGAUCGUCAGCAAAGUCAACGAGCUGCUGGCCCCCGAUGUUGACCUGGACGUCCAGCUCAGCGAAAUAGGCAUCCUGGACAUCUUUGGAUUUGAGAAUUUUGCGGUGAACCGCUACGAGCAGAUCUGCAUCAACCUUGCCAACGAGCAGCUGCAGUACUUUUUUAACCACCACAUCUUCCUGAUGGAGCAGAAGGAGUAUAAGGAGGAGGGGAUCGAGUGGGACACCAUCAACUUCAAAGACAACAAGCCUAUCCUGGAUCUCUUCCUUACGAAGCCUUUUGGCAUCUUCUCUCUCCUGGAUGAGCAGAGUGCCUUUCCUCAGGCCACAGAUAAAACCUUUGUUGACAAGCUGAACAACAAAUUUAAGAGCCACGCGCACUUUGAGGUGGUCCGCAGCCACAAUCCCCUGUUCGCAGUUGUCCACUACGCUGGGAAGGUCCAGUACAACGGCAGUGGCUUCCUGGAGAAGAACCGGGACACGAUUCCGGCCAGCAUCCGCGGGCUGUUCAUCAACAGCGUCACGCCUCUGCUCAGUGUCCUGUUCACAGCAACGAUAUCCCGGACAGGAACACUGAUGCCGCGGAAAGCCAACCUUCUUCAAGCUGCAGAGGACAACUUCAACUCCACCAGGAAGCAGUCUGUCGGGGCUCAGUUCAGGCACUCCUUAGCAGUCUUGAUGGAGAAGAUGUUUGCAGCCAACCCUCACUUUGUGCGCUGCAUCAAGCCCAACGGCAACAAACAGCCCGACCAAGUGGACAGCAAAAUCGUGAUGGAUCAGCUGCGGUACAACGGCCUGCUGGAGACGAUCAGGAUACGCAGGGACGGGUUCUCCUGGCGGCCCUCCUUCAGAGAGUUCACACAGAGGUAUGGCAUCCUACUGCUGAAGCCAGAUCUGCCCACCAACAAAGAAAGCUGCAUGUCGAUUCUGAACAUCACAGAGCUCCAUGGAUGGAAAUGUGGGUCUGCCCGCCUGUUCUUUAAAUACUUUCACCAGGAGGAGCUGGCCAGGCUGCUGGAUAGACUGGGGAGAGCUGCACUUGUCCUACAGAAGAACUGGCGGGCAGUGAGGUGCAGGAGGAGGUACCUGGCGCUGUUGGCGGAGGUGCGGAGACAGAGGCAGGCGCAGCGAGAGAGGGAGGAGAGAGAGGAGGUGGAGGCCAGGAGGCAGCAGCUCCUGGAAGAGGAGAGGAAGAGGCGCCAGGAUGCAGAACGAGAGAACAAGAGACCAGUUUCUACACCCAUCCCCCUGCCCCGGACGAAGAAGCCCCAGCCCAGGCCUCGCUCCAUCCUGCCAGGAAGCCCGAAGGUGGCCCCCGUCCCCCGGCCGCGGAGCAAGCAGUUUCAGGCCACGCCCUUUGACAAUGACCUGGAUGUGAACAGUGACCUCGCCCAGCUGGUGGGUGAGUUUCGGGGGGAGGAGCGGGCCAAGGAGAGGCACACAAAGAGGAGGAAGACCAUUCGCUGGUUCAAGGAGACACAGGCAAGGAAGGUGGUGAGGAACGGGGCGUUCCCCUGCUGGUUCCACGGCAUGAUCACCCGCAGGCAAGCGGAGGAUCUCAUGACAGACAAGCCCAUGGGCUGCUUUCUGAUUCGGGUGGGACAAAGCCGGGAGGGCUACACGCUAACGUACAGGGGCAAAGACCGCUGCAGACACUACUUGAUUGAGAUGCAGACCAACGGCAAGUAUGUGAUCCUGGGAGAGGACAGGGCCCACUCAUCACUGCCUGACCUGGUGACGUACCACACCCGCGUGGGAAUCAAGCCCUUUAUGGAGGUCCUCACUGUAGCCUGCGGACAGACGUGCGACCAGGAGCCAGACUACGAAGAGCUGAGGAACCUCAUGUUGUCCCCCUCAUUGGCUGACAGAGGCCCUGCCCCCGGGGGGGAGGAGUCUGGGCCUGGGUCUGAACGGGUGUACCUGGAGCUGCAACGGCUCUUCAUCCCGCCCAGUCAGAACACGGGCCUGGAGGACCACGGACCCCCGGGACAGGAGGACCACAGACCCCUGGUCCUCAGGAAGGUCUUGGACCGCAGGUUCCGGGCGGAGAGCGGGGAGAGGCUGGACGACUCGCGGGGGGCGGAGUACGAGGAUGAAACCGAGGCCGGGUCCAAGGGCAGGCUCGUGCCGCGUCUUUACCCCUCCAUCCGCCUGGCCAUGAGAGAGAUUCAGCAGAUCCAGCAGCACUUUUCAGCCAAUCAGGACCAGUAGGCUUUCAUUCCUGGUGCCUGGAAGACUGCCGAUUGGUAACUCAGCAACUGCCUCAGCCACUUUCUGCGACUCUGCUACUUUUCACAGAAAUAAAAACCCCUUCUCCCAUUUCAGUGAAAUAUGAGGAGAAACUCCUCAUUAGGAUUUUUUUUUUUUUAAGUGUAUUUGGCCGAUACUAAUUUAACAACGUUCUGUGUUACUGUACGUAGUCGUACUUCAUGUUUUUGUGCAUAUUUAAUUGUAAAUAUUAAAUUGUGAAGUUUUAUAUAUGAUGGCUCCAAAUAAAAACUUUUUUGUUUUA